GGCCGCUGACCCCUCCCGACGGGGCGGAGCGGAGCGGUGAUGGCGGCGGUCGCGGAACCCGGUGUCUGCCCGCUGCUGGCGGCCGCCCGUGGGGCGUACGAGGCGGCCUUCGGGGGGGCGGCGUCCGUAGCUGCGUGGGCCCCCGGGAGGGUCAACCUCAUCGGCGAGCACACCGACUACAACGGCGGCUUCGUGCUGCCCAUGGCUCUGCAGCUGGGCACGGUGCUGGUGGGCUCCCCCACGCAGGACGGGACCAUCUCCAUCCUCACCACCGCGCCGGGGGCGGACGAGCCCCACAGGGUGCAGUUCCCGGCUCCCACCCUAAGCUGCCCCCUGAGCCCGGGGCGGCCGCACUGGGCCAACUACGUUAAAGGUGUGAUCCAGCACUACCGGGGCGGUCCUGUGCCGGGUUUCAACGCCGUGAUCGCCAGCGAUGUCCCCCUGGGCGGUGGCCUCUCCAGCUCUGCUUCUCUGGAGGUGGCCACGUACACCUUCCUGCAGCAGCUCUGCCCCGACGAUGGCGAUUUGGUGGCCAAGGCGCUGGCGUGCCAGCAGGCAGAGCACACGUUUGCCGGCGUGCCCUGCGGGAUCAUGGACCAGUUCAUAUCGGUGAUGGGCAAAGAGAGCCACGCUCUGCUCAUUGACUGCAGAUCCCUGGACGCCGUCCCCGUCCCGCUGCACGACGCCAGCCUGGCCGUCCUCAUCACAGACUCCAACGUGCGGCACGCGCUGACGGGCAGCGAGUACCCGGCGCGGCGACGGCAGUGCCAGGAGGCAGCGGAGGCACUGGGCAGGAGCAGCCUGCGGGACGUCACCAUGGCCGAGCUGGAAGCAUCCAGGAGCCGGCUGGGCGAGGAGGUGUACCGCCGUGCCAGGCACGUUGUCGGUGAGAUCGAGCGCACGGCGCGGGCGGCGCGGGCGCUGCAGGAUGGGGAUUAUGUCACGUUCGGGAUGCUGAUGGUGGAGAGCCACAACUCCUUGCGGGAUGACUAUGCUGUGAGCUGCCCGGAGCUGGACCAGCUGGUGGCGGCAGCCCUGGAGGUCGAUGGGGUGUACGGCAGCCGGAUGACGGGGGGAGGCUUCGGGGGCUGUACGGUGACACUGCUGGUGGCCGAGGCUGCAGAGAGAGCCCAGCAGCACAUCCAGGAGAAGUACAGUGGCACAGCGACCUUCUACAUCACUAAACCCUCGGAUGGGGCGAAGGUGCUGCCUCUGUAGAGAAGCAAACACUGCAUCCCUGCUGGGAUCAUCUUCCCAAGGAGCAGAAACGCCUGGAGCACACUGUCCUGCAUCUGCCGGUGGGGGUGGAGGGCUUGGGAUAACGUAAUUAAAGAAAAAGGAACAGGCAAACUGUAGAGAAAACAUUUAUUGAGUGCACAGAGCUGCUGCUGCUGGGUUGACCUGAAUCACCAAGAGCCCUAGGGACCAGGUGAGAAUUAAAAAGCGACGACACUUGGGGUGCAAUGCAGUCGUGAGAGCACAUAUGUGCACAGGGAGCGUGUGCUGCCAGGAGCAGCCUCCUGUGCUCUGCUCCGGACUGAACAACCUCAGGUAGGAUGCUGGAAAGGGACCUGAGCUCAGUUCUUGUUCUCAGUGCUUCUCAGCAGCCAUGGUCCAAACGUAUCCUCAUCACUUUGCAUAGAUCUCAUUCACCUCUGUUGUUUGUUUGUUUUUAAUAAAAUAAUAAAAUACAUUUAUAUAUUUAUA